UAUUAAUAUUUGUUGGGGCUUUCGUAAGACUGUGACUUCAGUGCAUUUGACAAUGAGUGGAAAAAGGAAGGGCGUUUGGACAGGGCAGAGCCAGGAGACAGUUCGUGGCCGCGUCGGGCAGGGCAGGUCUAGGGUGUGCGAGCCAGAUCCUAUCCCGAGUCCGCCUUCCUGACCGUGAGGACGUGGGACCUGCCUACCGCGGAAACAGCCGGCUCGGGAGCCUUAUUUGGCAAACAGGACUAGGCGUGAACCUCUGCUUGGAAAGCUGUCUCGUCUGCUUUCGUCCUGUGCCUGUGGCUUGAGUUCGAAAGCCCUACCCCCCCAUUAUAUCUCAGUUUGGGGAAAAGGAGAAUCUCAAGAUCCUGCUCUUUAAUUUCAGACCUUUCUGGCCGCUCGGAAUUCUCCUUUCCCCCUUCCCACUCGCCGGAGAAGCCGGGAUCCAAGUGUGAGAAAUACGAAGCUUCCUUCCCAAGUACUAGGGCGAGGACAUUGUUUAGACUUUUACUAAAAAGAAACUCCCGAAACUGUUCAGAAGUUCCAACAUUUUCUUCGUCUUUGAAAGCAGAAUAGAGUGCUCGUAAUUUGCUGCCGGCUUAGUAUUUUAGGAGGAGUUUGGGCACUAGUAACCAGACGCAGGAAACCUGGAAAAGGCCAAUAAUAUAUCCCAUUGCUAAGGGAUCGGAAUGUUGUAACGCAAAUGAAGCUAACAGAGGGAGAAGACUAGGCAUUAAAUGACACUGGUUCUAUAUAUACUGUGGCCAGUGCUAGAAAUUUUAACAAAUGGAAGAAGUCAGGAUGGAAACUCCCAAGUAAAGGGAAGUUGCAUGCGCAUAGUUAGUUUCUUUCAUUUUUGGGAUUGAACUUUGAGCCAUUAGAGCCAUGAGCAACUACAGUGUAUCCUUGGUUGGCCCAGCUCCUUGGGGUUUCCGGCUGCAAGGUGGCAAGGAUUUCAACAUGCCUCUGACAAUCUCUAAUCUAAAAGAUGGCGGCAAAGCAUCCCAGGCAAAUGUAAGAAUAGGCGAUGUGGUUCUCACCAUUGAUGGAAUAAGUGCACAUGGAAUGACUCAUCUAGAAGCCCAGAACAAGAUUAAGGGUUGUACAGGCUCUUUGAAUAUGACUCUGCAAAGGGCCUCUGCCACACCCAAGCCUGAGCCAGUUCCUGUUCAAAAGGGAGAACCUAAAGAAGUAGUUAAACCUGUGCCCAUUCCAUCUCCUGCUGUGUCCAAAGCCACUUCCACAACCAACACGGCCUACAAUAAGGCACCGCGACCCUUUGGUUCCGUGUCUUCACCAAAAGCCACAUCCAUCCCAUCACCAUCGUCUGCCUUCACCCCACCCCACGCGACCACUUCAUCACACGCUUCCCCUCCACCCGUGGCUGCUGUCACUCCUCCCUCAUUCGCUGCAUCUGGACUGCAUGCUAAUGCCAAUCUUAGUGCUGACCAGCAUUCGUCUGCACUGAGCGCUGGUAAACCUGCAGUUAAUGUCCCACGGCAGCCCACAGUCACCAGCGUGUGUUCCGAGACUGCUCAGGAGCUAGCAGAGGGGCAGAGAAGAGGAUCCCAGGGUGACAGUAAACAGCAAAAUGGCCCACCAAGAAAACAUAUUGUGGAGCGCAAUACGGAGUUUUAUCACAUACCGACUCACAGUGAUGCCAGCAAGAAAAGACUGAUUGAGGACACUGAAGAUUGGCGUCCAAGGACUGGCACGACUCAGUCUCGUUCUUUCCGAAUCCUCGCCCAGAUCACUGGGACUGAACAUCUGAAAGAAUCAGAAACUGAAAAUACAAAGAAGGCAAACAGCACCCAGGAGACUUCUCAGCAGUUGGCCCCAUCAGUAGCUUCAGCUCGGAGCAUGCCUGAGAAACAAGAGAGCCCAGCAGCCACCAGACCGGGGGUGGCAGGUCUCAGAACUGCGGCUGCCUUCAAGCCGCCAGGACCCACCAACGUUAUCAAGUCACCAAGCUGGCAACAGCCAAACCAAGCAGCACUUUCCAGUGGAAGAAUCUCAAGCAGUGCAACUUCGUCAGGAGCAGUGGCACCAGCCACCUCAGCUAGGGGACAGCCCCAGCCACAUGACCAGGACACUUUAGUGCAAAGAGCUGAGCACAUUCCUGCAGGGAAACGAACUCCAAUGUGUGCCCACUGUAACCAGGUCAUCAGGGGACCAUUCUUAGUGGCACUGGGGAAAUCUUGGCACCCAGAAGAAUUUAACUGUGCUCACUGCAAAAAUACAAUGGCCUACAUUGGAUUUGUAGAGGAAAAGGGAGCCCUGUAUUGUGAGCUGUGCUAUGAGAAAUUCUUUGCUCCUGAAUGUGGUCGAUGCCAAAGGAAGAUCCUUGGAGAAGUCAUCAAUGCUUUGAAACAAACUUGGCACGUUUCCUGUUUUGUAUGUGUGGCCUGUGGAAAACCCAUUCGUAAUAAUGUUUUUCAUUUGGAGGAUGGUGAACCAUACUGUGAGACUGAUUAUUAUGCCCUUUUUGGUACCAUAUGCCGUGGAUGUGAAUUUCCCAUAGAGGCCGGAGACAUGUUCCUGGAAGCCCUGGGCUCUACCUGGCAUGACACUUGCUUUGUAUGCUCAGUAUGUUGCGAAAGUUUGGAAGGUCAGACCUUUUUCUCCAAGAAGGACAAGCCACUUUGCAAGAAACAUGCUCAUUCUCUGAAUUUUUGAAAGUCAACAGUUCAGGAGAGGAGAAGAAAUUUUAAGAGAAAGAGGAAAAUUAGAAUUACGAUUAAUUUUUAGAUUUAAUAUUUGUAGGAGUUUUGAAAAAUAAUAGUGACCCUGAAGGGAUAAAUUCCAGCUUUAGAAACCAAGUCUAUGAGGAAAUGUUUGGCUUUGUAAAGUAAAGAGACAGUUUGGCAUUUAUAUUUACUUUUUUCCUGUAUUUUCUGCCCAUAAAAUAACUUUUAUAAAAGCCAGUUUCUUGGUUGACUAUUAAAUUCAUCAUAGAAUAAAUUAGUGAAGAAUUAAACUUUAGAAUAAAAACCUUUAACAUUUAGGCUGAGAUAAUUAAACUUUCUUUCCUUGUUAGAUAGUUCUGAGUAAACCUGUAAAAAGCAAUGAAAAUCUCCUUGCACUGUCAAUAAGUAAAAUGUAUUUUUUCAAAAAUAGUGCUUAUCUUUAAAAGAGGAAAUAGGAGUUGAAACAGAAUUUUAUCAGUAGUAUGUGUCACUUUUUUAAAAAAAAACUGUAUGUACUUUUUUUGUCUUCUAGCUGAUCAUUCCAGUAGGAAAGACCAAUGAUUUUUUAUCAAAAUGUGCCAUGCCAAUAGGAGGUGUUGUGUUUCUCUUUCAUCUUCCCCCCUCCAAAAAGCCACCACAUAGUUUAUAAAUUUCAAAAUUUUCACCUUUGAUUAAAAUAUGGCCAUUUCUAAUUAUGUAUUCAGUGGUUUAUGACCUAUACUAGUCAAACUCCAUUUUACCCCCUUCCCUCAUGCUGAGGUUAAGAGAGUAAGUAGAAGAGAGUGUGGAUAGGAAUUACGGUAAAUCAGACCAUUGUAUCCAUAAUUUUUAAAAAUCCCCUCCCCUUUCAGACAAGAAAUCCAUUAGAUAGGUUUCAGAUUUGUACUACUGACCAAUAAAGUUUCGAGAAUUCUCUUUGCAGAAUAAUUUUAAUUCUACAUUAGAAAAGUAAAAGAUUGGCUUGGGGAUGUGAUAAAAAUCUAGGAUGUUUUGUUUUGUUUUGUUGCUUUCAGUAGCUCUCUCAAUAUUAGAUGAACCACUUCCAAAUGUGAUCACGAAGUUUGGGAAGCUUUUAUUCCCAAAGGUUGGUAGUAUAGGAGGGAAACAGGAGGAAUUAUCCCGACUGGCUCAUUUGUUGUUUUUUGUAUUUGGGGGGAAAAUUAUGUAGAUAACAGAUUAUGACAUUGGAUAGUUUUUCUCUUUGUUUCCAGAAGGGAUGCAAGCCCACGAUCCCACUAAGGUACAAUAUCAGUUUGUCUGGGGCAAGGUCCUUUUAAAGUUGAGACAGAACCCCAAGCCCUCCCUGCCCCAUAACUCACUAACGACUUUACUUCCAUUGUGUGCGUGUUUGUUAUAGAGGGAGGUUUUAGGCUCUAAUAUUUGUUUAACCUCCCUAAGAACUUUCCAAGGCAUCUGUCCUGAAAGCUGUUAAUUUAUGGCCUAGUAGAUUUAUAUUAUAUACAGAUAAUAGCUAACUGGGAAUAAAAGAAUGAGAAGGGUGACAUGAAGUGGCUUCGCCAGUAGGAACCCCCACCUACCUCCUCGCCCUGCAUCUGUAGGGAGGCAGGAAGUUUUAUUUUUGAAAUAGAAUGCUGGGACUGAAUUGUGCGUUAUUUCUCAUUGCUGCUGAAACCACCUGUAGAGUUCAUGCUGGCUAAUGUGCGUGGUCACAUAUCGGAAUGUCAGUCUCUUUCUUUACACGAUAAAAAAUAAAUUGAUGGUUUUGUUUUGAUGUAGUAGAGAUUUUUUUUUUUUGGUUGUUUAGUUUUGCCUUUAUAGAUUCUGUGCCAAGAUAGUAUUUGAAAAAGUUAAUGGCAUAUAGGUAUUUCCUCUAAAGAAUUUUUUAUUUGACCUGAAUUUCUUACUAAGUUAUCUUACACUAAGGAUAUUUUUAUUCGACUUUUCUUCCUACACACCAUUCAUGAAGCAUAAUUUUGCAUUCCUCUAAAUUUUGUCCCUAAAAGGAUAACAUUGCUUCUUCCUAAUUUAUCAUUUUGUCUUUGUGCUUUGUCCUCUUUUGUGGCAAGGCUUUUUAUCUGUUCUUAAAACAGAUAAUCCUGUGAAAUAAAUACUAAUUAUAACCCAGAAGAAUCUCUGUAUUUUCCAGUGGGGAAUGCCAUAUUUAACACACCAGCAUUAAUCUUUUAAUAACUGGCAGAGCACUUUAUUCUUCUGGUGAGCUCCCUGAAUAUUUAUUUUUCUGAUUAUAAAUAUUCCGGAUCAGUAGCAUUUUUUUUUUUUAAGUAUUACCUCUUUCCUGUAGAGUCUUUACUUGUAGUGUUUCCUGAUGUAUAUUUUGGAAUGCUGUACUUAGUAUCACACAGAUUAACAUUACAGUAUAUGACUCUAAAAUAUGCCCCACUUGUAUUUCCCAGAUUCAGAAACGCUAGUGAUAGGUUCCAAUUCAUAACAUCCAAUUCAUAAACUACCAAGGGCUGAAUGUUGCCCGUGGAGCAGCGGCCGAGAGAGGGCCCCACCGCGGAUGCUCCCAGCACCACACUAUUUCCUGCCGAUUUGGGCUGCAUGUACAGCCGAACACUAAAGCCUGGUCAUUUGGUCACAGUGUUAAGACAGAACUGAGAGUUGAAAUCUUCCAAUUGUUAGUGAAACCUACAGUCAAAAGUCAUCUACAACAAAAAGGUUUUUCAUGGUGCCAUUUUCUUGGGGUAGUAUAUUAGGACCACUUUCUUGGAAGAUAACCUUCCUCUCCCUUGUGCAAGUAUGAAUCUAAUGUUGUAUUAGCGUUUUUGUGAUGUAUAGAGUCUUUUAACCAUCCCUGUUGAAAGGAGAAGCUUUUCAGACAGAAGGGAGGGGAAGACACUGAGUAAUUUUCCACAGGUCAGGUGUGGCGUCAGUUUGUCAUCCUUAUCCUCCAGAUGUUUUAAGGUAUUGGCUUUUGGAAAUAUCAUUUGCCUUUCUGUUAAUCUCUAUUUUCUGUUGCUUUACAUUUUUCAGUUUGUAUAUGUUUGUAUUGUUUUGCUUUUGGCUACAUUUUCUAAUUAAACACCACAUGAGAAAUAUAAUCAGCAUAGUUAUACCUUAAUGUGCACAUAAUCAAUAAAUAAAUGGCCGCAGUGAUGUAAAUAAG